AUGCUCACAACAGUGGAGGGAGCGGGGAUAACGAUUGCAGUGUUCUCUCUGCUGCUGCAACUAAUCCCCCUCUGCAUUCGGGGUUCGCGAGUCUUGAAAUCCCUUCGCCAUUCAACACACAAAUAUGAGUUACAAGAAGACCAGAGUCUCCUGGAUGACUAUCAACGCUAUCUCACCUCUACCGUGAAGGGAAUGAUAGGGUUGCCAAGCCCUGUGCCUGACGUUGAUAUUGCCAAUUUUUGCAGAGACCCUGGCAGUGCAUUACGGAGACACCCGAGUUUGGUCCAAAGCCUGCAGGGAAGGCUUGGCCAGAAUCGUAUUUCGUUUAUUUCGUCCAUGCAGGAAGCACAAAGGAUUAUGGAUAGGCUCAGUGACCAACUAAACCCGGGGAAUGCUGAUGAUCGCUCAGAUCAAUUCGACGAAUUGGAAAAGCGGAUCAAACUCAUGGAGCGUCUCGCGAGCCCACCAGUUGCCACGUAUAGCAAUCCACGCCUCGAGCUGCUGCUCCCCGAAUACCGAGAGGCUAGGAAGAUAGCCAGCACAAUACACGAUGUCCUAUUACAUGGCAACUUCUGGGGCUGUCGGUGCGGAAACCACUGCAUUGAUGUGAUACUCUGCCAUGACAUUCAGAACUAUGAAGGACCCAAAGGAAUGAAACUUCGCAUAGAUUCACCGACCACAGUUUCGGAUGGAGCAACGCGUGGACAACGGAGGUGGCAAGAGGUGAAGGUUGACUCCGCCCCAAAUCCAACCGGAGGUCCGACUGCGUCUAUGACUAGCAUGUGCUCCAUGCUUACCGGGCCACAUCCCGCCUUUGGGUAUCUGAGCGACAGUGAUUACCGACAUGAGAUUUCCAUCACCGGGGCUGCAGUACGAGGACUGCAGUUGAAAAGUCUUGAGGACAUCGUACAAUAUCCAUGUGUCCGAUCAGUCUCGGCCGAGAACAAGCCCAUAUUCAGUGCAAAAUCUCGAUUUCAUUUUGCUGGAAAGCUUGCAUGUGCCGCACUUCAAUUCCACGGAAAUUGGCUCCCUAAGAGUUGGAGCAGCCGUGACAUCGCUUUCUUGAGCACUAUGGGGUCUGAAGAGUCUCUCCGAACCCCCUUUUUGGCGCGCAACACGUCUAGUGUUCCGAGACGGUCAUAUCGGCCAGCAACCUCAGCUAUGUUGAAAGAGACCCUGAUAUCACUUGGGUGGAGUUUAGCCGAACUUUCGUUUUGCUCAACAAUCCAAGAUCUGCCAUACUCCAAGAAUGAGGUUCUCGGAGGUGUGAAGAAGAAGGAAUUUCUGCGUGAUAUCUCCGAACAAAGUGGAGAGAGAUAUAGGAAGGUGGUGAAACAGUGCUUGUUCUGGCCGGAUGAUCAUGGUGCAGAUGACAUGUUCCGGAAGAUAGUUAUCCCUUUGCUAGAUAUAGUACGCACUUUUUAA